CCGCUUCCGCUGCCCUUGUUACCGGCGGGAGGUGACGGGACCAAGAGGCGAGAUGUGGCGGAACCUGCUGAGUCUUCGCCAGCUUUCCCAGAGGACCAUAAGCACUGCUUCACGCAGGCAGUUUGAAAAUAGAGUUCCUGAGAAGCAGAAGCUUUUCCAGGAGGACAAUGGCAUCCCCGUGCAUCUGAAAGGCGGCGCGAUGGAUUCUGUCUUGUAUAGAGUCACCAUGGGCCUUUCGGUUUUUGGAACGGCCUAUGUUGUGUACCAGCUGCUCGUCGCUUCCAUGCCCAAGAAGCAGCAAUGAUUCCAGUUCAGGAUGCCCCCGGUGACUGGCAUCUCUUCGUCCAAUUCCACGUGACUAUGACGGCAGCUUAUACCUAUUACAAGCAGCUGGCUUCAUGCUUGGAAUCAUAAUUUAAUUGUAACAUGUGAACUGCAAUCAAUAAAGCAGUUUUUACAUGGUG